AUGAAACGGUUCAGCCCCCGAUUUCUGCAAGAGUCCACAGUGGACAUCGGCCUUGACGAUGAGGCUUUCAAUGAUUCUGCUGUACCGCUGCCGCUGGAUGAAGAGUCGGACCUGGACCUGUAUGGCGAGCUUCUGUCUCAGAUGAGUUUUUGA